AACGUUUGUACGGUCCUUGUAAUGCAUGAUAGCAUCAUAUCAUAUGUACAAAAUAAAUAAACGGAAUAAUUCGAUAUUGUAAUGUAAAAAGACAAGACUGAAAAAGAACCGAACAAAGAACAGCUCUGUAUAGCUGUUGGUCUCUUUGGAAAAGAUGAAUUAAAUUAUUUCCCUUUUAACUUUUCCCCCUUAUUUCUUUUCAAUUCUCUCUCUCUCUCGCCGGAGCUAGCUUUCUUCUCCGAUCGCAAUCACCGCAUUUCUCAGUUGCGUGGAAUUUCAGAUCGUUUGCCGAUCGGGAAUCUGUCCCAUCGAGAUCUGUCUUGGUUUUCUUCAACUUUCUCCCGCCACGGCAUGGUUCUGAUCGCGGCGUGAUUUGUCUGGUCGGAUUCCAGAAGGUAUACGAAUGCCCUCUUCCUCCUCUUCCAGCCUUAAACGGCUCGUGAAUUCGUGUCGAUCCCCACAUGGAUCUGUGACGUCAUCUGAAUCUUUGAUUCUUGCUCGUGAAUUUUGCAGAAACCCCGGCUGGAAGAAGAAAAAUGAUCCGUGAUCGGUCAGACAUCGGGUUUCAGAUUCGGAGAUUGGUCGUUAUCUCGAUCAGACUGUCAUACAGAUGGGUUUGCAGCCAUCCCUUCCUCCUGGGUUUCGUCUCUUUCCUGGUUCUUCUGAACAGAACGUGUCCUGUUCUGUUCUCUCUACUGGUUUCUGCAUCUCCAGUUCUGGUCUGCACUGCCGUUUUGCUCGGGACAAUACUGAGUUUCGGGCAACAGAACAUACCCGAAAUCGAGAAUGACCCCGAACUUGUCCACGAGGCUUCUCUUUUCAAGACAGAGCUUGCUAGAGAUGCAACUGUUGUCGAGAGAGAGGAUAAGAGUUUCGCGGUAGAGAGAUUCGUGAACAAGGAGAAGGAUGGAAACGAUGACGGUGAUGGAAUUGAGGAAGACAGUAACUCAGUUGAAUAUAGGCCUUUGGUUGAUGAGACUCUAAACCAAAAGAAUCAGGUCAAGUUCAAGGUGGAACCUUUAGAGGCGGAGUCGGAGAAGACAGUGGAGGAGAGACCGGUAGAAGACGAUGGAAAUAUGUCGGAAAAUACCAAGGAUGAACAGAUGGAUGCAUCUCCAGUCUCACCAUGGACACCAAUGAGGCAUGACAAGGAUGAUGAUGAUGCUGCUGCCGAUGGUGACGACUCAUCGGAUUCCGGGUCUGAUGAUGGUUCGGAGAGCUCCUCACCCGAUGCUUCCAUGACCGAUAUCAUCCCGAUGCUCGACGAGCUUCACCCGCUGCUACACUCAGAAGCAGCAAACCCUUCUAAUAUUUCCCGAGAAGGAUCAGACACUGCGUCAGAGGGACCGCAUAGGAGCAGUUGCGAUGAAGGGCUUGAAUCUGAUAUCGACAGUGAUAACAAUGGAGGAGAUGAAGACGGAGACAAUGAAAAUGAAGAGGAUGAAGAAGAAGAGGAGACAAAGGAAGAGAAGGAGGAGGAGGACGAAAGCAAGUCAGUGAUCAAAUGGACAGAGGAUGACCAGAAGAAUGUAAUGGAUCUUGGAAGUCUUGAACUCGAAAGAAACCAACGGUUGGAGAGUCUUAUCGCCCGGAGAAGGGCUCGGCAAGGUACCAAACUGAUGGCCGAGAAGAAUCUUAUCGACCUGGACAGUUUCGACGUACCGUUUAACAUGCCCCCCAUCUCAACCUCAAGGCGUAACCCAUUCGAUCUUCCUUAUGAUUCAUAUGAUGAUAUGGGCUUACCACCAAUCCCAGGCUCUGCCCCAUCUGUUCUGGUGCCGAGGAGAAAUCCGUUUGAUAUUCCGUAUGAUCCAAAUGAAGAGAAGCCAGACCUCAAACGUGACAGUUUCCAGGAAGAGUUCUCUCCUUUCCAUCCAAAGGAACCUGUAUUUAGAAGACAUGAAAGCUUCAGUGUCGGUCCAUCAAUGCUUGGAGGUCCUAGGCAAGACAGGAGCGAGAGGCUACGUCCUUUCUUUGUGCUGGAAAAACUAGCUCAUGAGAGAACCAGCUAUUACGGAUUUGAAAGACAACUCAGUGAAGUUAGCGAGUCGAAAGUCAGUUCUGUCCCCGAUACCGAAUCUCUGAGCACAGGCCUGGAGGAGGAUGACAAGAAGGUGCAUGAACAUGAGGCUGAUCGAGGAAUUGAGAUGCCUAGAGUUGAUCCAGCCUCUGACCACGACGAUGAGAAGAGCCAUUCAUCAGAAGAUGUUGAUUUCAGUGAACAAGCUGAUAGCCAAAAUCUUCACAAUGAUGUGGCGGAGAUAACACUGGGUGACAGAGGAAGUCACCAGGAAGAGCAAUCUAACACGAUAGAAGGAGAAACUUCUGAUAAGAUAGAAACAGAUGAAGAGGAUCACAGUGACAGUGGAUCAUCUUUAUCAGGAGAGGAAGAAAAGAUUACCGACGUUAAAGAAAGAGAAUCAGCAGCAUCAAUGAGUUUGGAGCAAAGGGUUGAUAUUGAGGAAGAAUCUGGUUUUCCUGCCGAGCCUUCUUUUGGGGAAUCAGAGAUUCAUUUGACAAGAGUGGAUGAUGACGAGCAUCGCCAUAAAAUUCCUGCUGAGGGCUCUUUCAUAACUGCACAACCUUCACUUGAGGAGUCAGAGCUUCAUUCUCUUUGCAGCUUGGCCGAUGACCAUCACCACAGAGAACCUGUGUAUGAUUCGAGUCCUCCCUCAGCUAGUAGAUUCCCAUCAUUUUCCUCAGUAUCUUCUGAUAACCAAGUAGAGAUACCUAAACAAAGUGAGGAGCAAACAGGAGAAAGUAUGGAUAAAGAACCUGAAGUGUAUUCCGAAUGCUCAGAUCAGAAACUUUACGACCUUGAGGAAGAAGUUCAUUCCACUUCCGCUGUGAAUGCUUCUGAUGAAACUGAAUCAAGAACUGGCCAAGCUGUGGAGACUACUAGCAAGCACACCGUGGGAGAGGUCAGUCUUUCCGCUGUUGAGACUGGAAUUGGUUGUCAAAAUGAUCCAAUGGGUUCAUCCCCAGUAUUCGAGGACGCCCCAGUUAAUCCAUCUUCUCUGUCUUCGGACAAGGAUGAUGACGACGCUGUUGAUCACCGUGAGGAUAACGCCACUUUGUCUGACUCUAGUCAAGAGGAUCGGGAGGAAACACAUGAAGAUGUCAAAGAGACAGCAGAUACCAGAAUUUCAGAUAAUAGUGUGUCUUCAGGAGACUUGGCAUCUCCUACAGCAGAGGAAGCACUUAGGGAGGUUGAACAUUUAUCAACCCAUCAGACAUGUUCACUUUUGGACACUGGAGAGACAAGGGAGCACUCGAAAACUCCGGAAGACACACUUGAUGUUUUGCAAGACAAAGCAGAAACGUCAGUAGCUGAAGGGACAACAACAAAAGAGGAAGAAGAAGAUCCGAAGUUAAAAGGCCAAGCUUCUGUAACCUUUGAUGCAGACAUUCCAAUUGACAGUUACUCUACAUUGUCUUCUGGAGCAGUUGAGUAUGUUGAGACACACUCAUUUAACGAGGAAGAUGUUCCACAGUCUGAACAAGAUAAGGGCCAGUCAUCGAAUUCUGAUACUAAGGCAGAUUCUUAUCUCAACCAGACAAUGGACAUCGAAGUAGACUCUGUAAAUGCCAGUAACCAGAAUGUGCCUUCUGAAGGAACAUCUCCAUCAGAAUCAGAUAGAGAACUUACCUGGUCAGAUAAAUCCGUGGUUGAACAAUCAACUCUUGAACACAGAGAACAUCAACAACCAACUCGUACAGGCCCUGUUACUGUUGUCUUUUCCAGAAACAUUACUUUCCAUGAAUAUCACGAUGCAGAGGAGGAUACAACCGAGUUGUCUUGCUUGACUUCUGACUCGUCCUCACCUCCUCCAGAAUCUCCUGAAUACAAAACACCUAUGGUUGGUGAAGGUAGUGGAGCAGAAUUUUUCCAUGACACCACUGCCGUAAAUGAAGAGCUCGACCAUGUAUUAGAACCAUUACAUCAACCAUUGGAGUUACAUGAGACAUCUCAAAGUCCUCCAGAAGUUAUCAAUGAAGAGGCCGACGAGAUAAAGGAGAUUGAUGACGGUCUCUUGUCCAAUCUUAACACGGUUGGAGACUUCGGUGUUAAGGAAGUUGUCACGAAUUCUGAACCUGGGCCAUCUACAAGAGAACCAGACACUGCUGCAGAAAGGACUGAGACACUGCCUGUUCUUGAAGCGAGAUCGGUUCAAGAUAUACAAUCUGCUUUCCAGCAGAUCCACGAAGGAUCUGAGGUUGAGGAGGUUAUUCUUCCAAGCACCAUUCAAGAUCAGCUAGCACUGGAGACAUCCGGAAAUUCAGGAGAGAUGAAAUCAGAGCUAGAGGUUGUGGACGCUAGCUCGAUGGAAGAUCUAGAUAAAGCAAUGAAGCGGGCCUUGGAAGAAAACACGAUCGAGCAACCUGAGUCACCUAAAUCAGAGGAUGGCUCAGCAGAAAGGGUGGAGGCUCUGCCUGUUCUCGAAGCAAGGUCAGUUGAAGAUCUACAAUCUGCUUUCCAGCAGAUCCACGAAGGGUCAGAAGUUGAAGAGGUUAUUCUUCCAAGCACCAUUCAAGAUCAGCUAGCUCUGGAAACAUCCGAAAAUUCAGGAAGUAUGAAGUCGGAGCUAGAGGUUGUGGAGGCUAAGUCCAUGGAAGAUCUAGAUAAAGCAGUGAAGAAGGCCUUGGAAGAAGACAUGGACGAGCAAAUCAAGCUACCAGAAUCAGAAGAUGGCUCUGCAGAAGUCAAUGGUGCAAUAGAAACCAAAUCAUCAGAGUCUUCCGUUGAAGAAAGAUCUGUGGAUACCACAAAUGAUCCUCUGAAUGAUGCACCUGAGGAAGAAAAAGAAGCAGCAGAACAUGAAGUAAUGAAGUCAUUAGAUGUUUCAAUAGUUGAGGUUAGAUCAUUGGAGGAGCUUCCAAGACCUUCUGAAUCAAAGGACAGGACAGAUGCAGAAGAAAAAAAGUCAUCAAAUUCAAAUGUUCCGUUCUUCGAAGCAUCAACACUAGAGGAGGUUCCGGAACCUUCUGAACCAAAGGAGAGGAUCACCACAGAAGUCACCUCUGAAAGAGCUCUUCCUGCAGUAGGCACUGAUUCUAGUGACGUGACAGCAUCCAUUGCCGAAGAAAGAAGCAAUCUUGUGACAGAGGAAGCGAAAGCUGAGACUGUCACAGUUGUUGAGGCCACUGCACUUAGUCCCAAGCCUAAAGAAACUUCAGAGAAUUCGGGUGAAAGCAUUUCAGAGGGAAAAAAGAAGAAGAAGAAGAAGUCGGAAUCUGAUUCUUCCAGUUCCAGCUCCAGCUCGAGCGACUCGGAUUAAGCAUUUCAACUUGCAAAUCAUAAUCUUCAUUCCAUGGUGAUGAUAGGCAUUUCAGAAUUUUUUGAGAGUGUGUGCUUAUCUUAUUACUUCCUGCAGAAGAAAUACCGUCAGUUUUGUACCGAGUCUUCUUUUUGUUGUGUGUUUUUUUAAAACAAUUUUGUGUGUUGUUAUUUUUUCUCAUUGAGCUUAUGUUAUUUAUUGAUAGGUUUGACUGAUUUGUAUCUCAUGAAGGUGUUUUGUGGUUCA